AUGCCCUCCGGCGCGAUGUGGAGGAGCUGCCUCUGCCUGCGGCAUGGGUGGCGCCGCCUCCUGAACCGACCCCCCGGUGGUCCCUGGGCCUCCGUGGGGAUGAGGGCAAGCAUCCCGAUCCCAUUCCGGGCCUACGCUCCCCCGGCGGAAAGGAAGAGAUUCUAUCAGAAUGUCACCAUCACACAGGGUGAAGGCGGCUUUGAGAUAAACCUGGACCACAGGAAGCUGAAAACUCCCCAAGCCAAGCUCUUUACUGUCCCCAGUGAGGCCCUGGCCAUCGCAGUGGCCACUGAGUGGGACUCCCAGCAGGACACCAUCAAGUUCUACACCAUGCAUCUGACCACAUUGUGCAACACAUCUUUAGACAAUCCAACGCAACGAAACAAGGACCAGCUGAUCCGGGCAGCUGUGAAGUUCCUGGACACCGACACCAUCUGCUACAGGGUGGAAGAACCAGAGACAUUAGUGGAACUUCAGAAGAACGAAUGGGACCCAAUCCUAGAAUGGGCUGAGAAGAGGUACGGCGUGGAGAUUGGCUCCUCCACCAGCAUCAUGGGGCCCAGCAUCCCCACCAGGACUCGGGAGGUGCUCGUCAGCCACCUGGCAUCUUACAACAUGUGGGCCCUACAAGGAAUUGAAUUUGUCGUGACCCAACUCAAGUCCGUGAUGCUGACCUUGGGCCUGAUGGACCUGCAUCUGACAGUGGAGCAGGCCGUGCUGCUGUCCCGCCUGGAGGAGGAGUACCAGAUCCAGAAGUGGGGCCACGUGGAAUGGGCCCAUGACUAUGAGUUGCGGGAGCUCCGGGCACGCACGGCUGCCGGCGUCCUCUUUAUCCACCUCUGCUCCGAGAGCACCACGGUCAAGCACAAGCUCCUGCAGGAGUGA